CUCAGUCCACCGCUUGGUGGUGAGAAGUAUAGGCACUCUGGCUCAGAGCAGGAUAAACACGGGACGGAAGGUGGAAAAAAUACGAACUCUCCAUCACGCUUUAGACUAGAAUUAAUCACCGCGUGCUCCUCCGGACCAGGAGAUUUGUAGCUGCCGCAGUGGCUUGUUCCAGCAGCGGGCAUUUGCUGCUUGAUGCGUCCGCAGUGCUGGAUUUUGCAGUUCUGAAGUAAAUGAGAUCUACAGACCAACACUCUCUCAUCACAACACCUUGACAGGAGGCUUGUCAUCUUAAAAGAUCUUCUCAAAGGACAUCUGACUGGAUACUUGAGCAACUGGGAGCACCAAUCAGAUCUCUGCAGCUGUGUGGGACGCAAUAUGAAAAUCUGGUCAUGAGCGGGUAUCUGAUGAGAAAUUAUGUCCUCGGAAAACACAAGCACUUCCUGCCCUGUGGGAAGCUAUGCGUGGGAAUGCUCAGAUUCGCUAUCUGAAAAGCUAUUGCACACAAACAAGACUCUGGUCGUAAAUGAAGCUUCUUUUCCAGUGUGACGAGACACCAAGCGUACACUGAACAGAGAAAAACAAAAAUCGAAACUGAUUCUCAAACUGAUGUUCCUAACAGAACUGUUACAUCCAAUUACAAUCAAAGCCUUGCUGAAUAUCCAGUGGAAUACUGCUAAAAAGAUCAUCACCUGUGUAAACAACAACAACAAAAAUCUGCUGGAAAUAUGGCUGAAGCACAGAUGUCCAUUUCUCCUGGGUCCAGUGGACAUGGAGGAGGUAUGGUGACCAGUGCCUUACUUUGCUGGGCUAUGGCUCUUGUGUUCCUCUCUUUGACAAGAGUGCCUGUUGUUCAGGGUGACUGCUGGCUGAUUGAAGGGGAAAAGGGAUUCGUAUGGUUGGCAAUCUGCAGCCAGAACCAGCCACCAUAUGAAAAUAUCCCAUUGCAUAUUAACAGCACAAUUGUUGACCUGCGACUCAAUGAGAACAAGAUUCGAAGCAUCCACUUUUCUUCCUUAAGUCGCUUCGGCAAUCUCACAUACCUGAAUCUGACUAAGAAUGACAUCUCUUAUAUUGAAGAUGGGGCUUUCUCCGCCCAAUUUAAUCUUCAAGUGUUGCAGAUUGGCUUUAACAAGCUGAGGAACUUGACUGAGGGAAUGCUGAGAGGAUUGGGACGCUUACAGUACCUCUAUCUUCAGGCUAACCUGAUCGAGACCGUCUCAGCCAAUGCCUUCUGGGAGUGUCCUGCGAUAGAAAACAUCGACCUCUCCAUGAACAGGAUUCAGCUUCUGGAUGGUGCUACAUUUCGUGGUCUGUCGAAGCUUACAACGUGUGAGCUCUAUGCAAACCCAUUCAGUUGCUCGUGUGAGCUGUUGGGAUUCCUGCGCUGGCUUGUUGCAUUCCCAAACCGGACAAGUGAGCGGAUGGCAUGCGACACACCCCCUGGCUUUUCAGGCUACAGUCUCUUGAGUCAGAACCCCAGGAUGCCAAGAUUUCGGAAUGCCUUCCAUGCACUCUCUUCUGUCUGCAACGAUGACAACGUGACACCGAAUCUUCAAGGGUCUUCAGACGAGUGCACUCCCACAAUGUUGAGCCCUUGCGGACUGGAGGAUUGUUCCUCAGGAACAUUUCCAGAGGAGACUAUAAGCAUCAGCCCCACCUUUGUGGAUCCAGAUGCACGUCCUCUAAUGAAACUAAAAGACGUUACCCACACAAGUGCGACAAUCUCGAUUCAGAUCCCAAAUCCAUUUAGAAAAAUGUACAUCCUUGUCCUGUACAAUAACAGCUUCUUCACUGAUAUCCAAAACCUGAAAAGCCAGAGAGAAGACAUUGAGUUACAGAACCUUAAAUCUCACACUAACUACACUUACUGUGUGGCAUCCAUUCGUAAUUCAUUGAGGUUCAACCACACCUGCCUGACCAUCUCCACAGGACCAAGGACAUUGCAAGAACAUGUGGCAAAUGAUUCAACCGCCACUCAUUACAUUAUGACCAUCCUCGGUUGUCUCUUUGGGAUGCUGAUUGUACUGGGUGUAGUGUUCCAUUGCUUGAGAAAGCGCAAACAGCAAGACGAGCCAAAGAGCAAGAAGCUGGAAAAGAUGAAAAGAAACUUGAUCGAGAUGAAAUAUGGAACUGAACUGGAACAAGGGACUAUAUCACAGCUGUCCCAAAAACAAAUUCUGUCUGCUGGUGAGACCGUACAAAGGAUGCCAUACUUGCCAACUGCCAGUGACUCAGAUCAGUAUAAGAUGCAAGAGAUCUCUGGGACACCAAAGACCACAAAAGGGAAUUACAUGGAAGUGAGAUCAGAGCAACCAGAGCGCAGCGUUAGGGAAUGCAGCGUUCCUCCAUCAGAAACCAACCAGGGAUCUGUUGCAGAGAUAUCCACUAUUGCAAAAGAAGUGGACAAAGUAAACCAAAUCAUCAACAAUUGCAUCGAUGCACUCAAAUCCGAUUCAACAUCAUUCCAGGCUGCAAAAUCCGGCGCCGUGUCUACAGCGGAGCCUCAGUUGGUCCUUAUAUCAGAGCACCCACCGGGCAAGUCUGGAUUUCUGUCUCCAGUGUACAAAGGAAGCUACCAUCAUCCUCUACAGAGGCACCACAGUAUGGAAGCCCCGCAAAAGCGUGCAAGCACAUCCUCAAGUGGCUCGUUGCGCAGUCCACGCUCUUUCCGUUCCGAAGGAGCUUACAGAUCAGAGUCCAAAUAUAUUGAGAAGGCAUCUCCACUCGAUGAGUCAGGAAUCAUAACAGUCACUCCAGCUGCUGCGAUCCUGAGGGCAGAGGCAGAGCGGAUUCGACAAUACAGCGAACACAGGCACUCCUACCCUGGUCCCCACCAUAUAGAGGAGUCGAUAGAGGUGUCGGGGAGCCGGAAGUCAUCCAUUCUGGAGCCGCUGACACGCUCCAGACCACGAGAGCUGUCCUAUUCACAGCUCUCACCGCAGUACCACAACCUGAGCGGCUACUCCAGUCCUGAGUACAGCUGUAGGCCUUCUUUUAGCCUGUGGGAACGUUUUAAACUCCACCGCAAACGCCAUAGGGAUGAGGAAGAGUACAUUGCAGCAGGUCACGCAUUAAGGAGGAAAGUACAGUUUGCCAAAGAUGAGGACCUACAUGACAUUCUGGACUACUGGAAAGGAGUCUCUGCUCAGCAGAAAUCAUGAUUGCCAUUUUUAUAGCUCGUUCAAUUAAAGACGACCACACAAAUCUCUGGACCAAACCAGCCAGUAUGAUUAAGUGACAAGUCAGCACUCACUUUUAGAGAAAUAGCUUAGAAGUAUUGCUAGCUCUUUUCAAUCAUUCUGUUUGAGAAUGAAAACAAAAUACGAGAUACUGUAGAUCUUGCAGUGAGUGUACGUGCCAAGUGGUAAGAAUAGAAAACUUUUAACAGUAUUAACCUCAACUCAACAUUUGAUUUUUAUAUAUUGGAAAUAACAAUAAACUACUAUUAUAUUAUCAUCAUCCUCAUCAUCAUGACCAUCAUUGAUUAGUAGUAUUACUGUUAAGAUUGAUUCUUCUUCUUAUUACAAUUAAUCUUUGGUUAUCGCAUGGCCGUGUCCUGUGACAGUAUUGACUGUUGUGUACUUGGAAAACAUACAACUCAAAAUGUCUGCCGAACACUGUUCUCCCUAACCUUAGAUUUUUAUACAGACUGUACAACUUUGAAAACGCUCUUUUUUUCUUCUUUAGCGACUGUUCCAACGGACAACUGCUGAAUUUGCUACAGAAGCACACCUCUACUGGAUUUUAAAACAACAACUUUUCAGAAGAAAAGCUUCUCUUAAUGCGUUCUCCAUUCCUUUUUGUAAAGUUUACAUUUUCAAACAUACAACGAAUGUUUCAAGUCCUUAAGACUUACACCUGCAGUGUGAUUACAUACAGACACAGCUGUCCAGGUAGAACUGCUUUUGGCUUUUUAUUGUAUUUCAUUAACAGAUCUUCAAGCAGUGCUACUGAGAAAACUGACCCCACAAACUCAACACAAGUCCUGCAUACUGGAGAAUGAAUGUACUGCGUGUUAACACUUUUUCUCCGACAUCAGUUUUACAAUAUUUGGGGCUUAGUUCAGCUUAAACCCAGUUCGAUUCUUGUUUGCAAGACCUUCAGAAAUAUUUCUGUCUCAAUCAAAGAUAUUGCUACUACAUGCCUACUUUAAACCACUGUGAACCCCAAGACCUUGCUAAAUCAGUCCUGGGGUUUGUUUUUUACUAAGAUUCAACAGAGCUAUGUCGUCUAUGGCUUUUAAGCCAGGUCUAAAGUGCUGAUCUAGGCAGUCCUAAUUUUUCUCACCGCCAUUAAUGCUCAUCGACAAUUUAGAUUCCACUGAUUAGAACAAUGGAAUUGGCCUCUGAAUUUUGAGGAAACAAAUUUUAAGACCUGUACUGUGAUCCCACACAUUACAAUACCCUGCUUCAUGGAGUGAAAUAACACGACAUUUAAAUUAUAUCUGAAUCAAAGUGCAUGUCAAAUGUCUGACAGAAAAGUUGUCAACCAAAUAUUAAGCCCUAGAGUGCAGAGUGUUGUUUUUAAACCAUCAUAUCCAUCGUCUCAAAACACGGGUAGAUUGUUUGUAAUUUUGUCAGGGUGUGUGCCAUUUAAAGAGGAACUUUCAUUUCGCCAACUGAUUUUAUGAAUGAAAAUGCCAUUGUCAAACUGAUUGUUGAACUGAUUUAUUGCUUAUUGUACUGAAAUUGGAGAUUGUUUCUCUGUGGCAGCCUGGUCCUGAACAUGCACUGUCAUCUUGUACCUAACAUGAAGAUUGUUUCUGUUUUGUUACAUAAUUAAGUUUAAAACAUUUAGGCGAUUCCAGGUAAUUUCUGAGAUAAAUGAACGCCUACAAGAAAGGACUAAUGCAUGAUAAUAGGGACAAAAUAAUUAUUUAAUCCAAAUGUCUGUAUAAUUAAUGAAAUCUGGGUUUUCUUUAAACCAUCAGAAGGUUUAUCGCAUCUUUUCCUUAAUUUAUGCGUAAAUAAAUCUUAAAUAUUUGAUUAUUAUACUCUUUGAAAAACAUGUCCCUAAAGUGCAAUCCACACUUUUUAAGGUUCAACUUACAUGCACUGUAUCUCAUUAACGGGUCUGUUGAGUUGAUUGUCAUCUCUUAUACUGCAAACUGUAGCACUCCAGAUUUUCCAUGGACACUGAAAGUAAGCUGAAAGAAAAUGACUCGGUGAAUGUAGAGCAGCCUGAAAACAGCCACAUGUAUGGGCUGCUUGUAAGAGGGAAAGAAUGGAUCUAAGGGCUUUCAUGUCUGGUGGAAAUGUCAAAGAGCACAAUAAAAAUGGUUUUAUUUCUUAAAGAAUAAAUACUUUU